GUGAAACAAAUGCCUUCGUUAAUGACAAAUAUAAUGUUAUUUUUUCUUUAAAGUCUUUAUUGAAGAAUAAAAUAGCAACAAAAAAACUUGUGCCUCGAAAAACAGACGACGAGGCCGUUUAAACUCCGCCACAGAUAAAUCCAGUUUGAAGUAAAUCCGUGUUGCUGUCUCCACAGGUUACUGACCCCAGAGGAAGAAGAAGGGGGAAAGGAUUUCAGCGAGUCUUAAUAUCAACCGAAACCACCGACACCGGCGUCUAAUAGAAAAGAGAAAAACAUUUGGAAGCCUGUUCUAUCUGAGACGAAGUUAAUGAAAGUUUAUCGCAUCUUUGUCUGCGGGUUCUUGUGUGGUCGUCCUGUGAGCGGUCAGCUCUGCAGAGGAGAGGGGCACCAGUGACGUCACGGUGCAUUUCUGAGUGGACCCAGAUUGCUGACCUGCUGCAGGAAGCAAGCACAUCACCAAAAAGCAGAGGAGGGCAGACAGUUGAAGCCAAAGGAGAAGAAAGGGCAGGUGUCUGAUGGUGGAAGAUCAGGGGACCAAAACUGAAAAAUCAACAGCUGGAAUAGAAGAUGGGUGGACGAGUGAGCUGCUGGCUGCUGCUCACACUGUCUCUGAAAGGUGUUCUUGCAGGUGAUUGGUCAGUUAGUCUUCCCUCCAAUCCUAUUUCUGCUGUGAUUGGUUCCUCUGUGGUUCUCCCUUGUUCCUAUGACUUCCCUUCUUCUGAGGCUGAGAGACGGCUCUCUGCUCAGGGUGGAGGAGGAGGAGAGGGAGAGGGACAACAGUACAACGUUUCGACUGAGAUCUGGUGUCUCGAAAACAAUCGCUGUAUCACAUCAAGAUAUGUCUUCCACAGUGCCGGUAUAUUCCCACAUCCAUCCUACCAGAACAGGGUGGAGUACCUACAACCAGGAACCAAAAACUGCUCUCUGAGGAUUUCUGACCUGAGGAAGUCAGACAGUGGAGCGUAUGUGUUUUACCUCAUCACAAGCCACCCCACUCAGAAGAUGCCAGAGCAGAAAGGAGUACAGCUCCUAGUGGCAGACUCCUCCAGUGCAGUCACGGUGUCAGCGAGUCCCUCCAGUGACAUCACAGAGGGCGUGACCCUGCGUCUGGCCUGCGGCAGCCCUGCAGCCAGUCCCCAGGCCCUCUUCAAAUGGUACAAGAGCACAAGCAGCACCCCGAGACACACUGGACAGGUGUGGGACAUCAGUGAGGUGACACCUGGAAACUCUGGUAGCUACUACUGUCAGAUACAGACUGGGGAUAAAGAGCAGAACUCAACAAUGCUGCCUAUUGAUGUAGAAUACUCUCCUCGCAACACAGCGGUCUCAGUCUCUCCUGCUGCAGAGCUACAGAACGGGCUUCCUGUGACUCUGACCUGCAGCAGCGAUGCUAACCCUCCUGUCCACACAUACACCUGGUACCAGGGGGCAGCAUGUCUUCUGGCAGCCGACAAAAGCUUUAAUCGAGGCAGAAAAUCUCCGGCUACACCUACAGGACGAGUCCCGACACUCAGCACUGCCAAUAUCUCCGCUGAAGAAUAUGGGCUGCACUGCUGCAAGGCUCGGAACAGACAUGGAUCACAGACUGACAGUGUGAAACUCACAGAUCCCAAAGCAACGGACCCAUCCGAGUCUUCAGGAAAGAGAUUGCUGAUUAUUGGAGUGACUGUCUGUGUUAUCCUGGCUUUAGUUGCCAUAGUGGCCUUUCUCUUGUCAAGGAGACAGAAGUCAUCAAGACAUCAGUCGUAUGUCCUCACAGAGACAUCUCCUCCGGCACCUUGAGGCUUCUUUCAGCACAAAUACUAGAACGCUUUUUUUCUGGAUUUUCUGGAGUUGACUUUUGCUUUAAGAGAAUACUCAAGCAAAAAUAAUAACUAUGUAAAUAGAUUUACUCUUUUGGCUCUUAUCUGUUCAUUUGUUUACAUAAGCUUAAAGGUGGGGUAGGUAAUUCACUUCAGCAACACUUUUUGUUAUAUUCCAUG